AAGCGGCGGGGGAUGUGAUUGGUGGCUGCGCGCGCUCCGUCUGUCAGCGGCUUUAACGGCGGCGGGAUGGGCGACGACAUGGACGUGAUUCCCGAGCGGGAGAUGAAGGAUUUUCAAUUCAGGGCGCUGAAGAAAGUGCGUAUCUUCGACACCCCCGAGGAGCUCCCCAAAGAGCGUUCCAGCCUCCUUGCCGUGUCCAACAAAUACGGAUUAGUCUUUGCUGGUUCUGCUGCUGGGCUGCAGAUCUUCCAGACGAAAAACCUUCUGAUGCAGAUUCAAGGAGGGGAUUCUCCUAAUAAAAUAGUCGAGAAUGUCCAGAGCCUUUUUGUCCCUAUGAAGUUUCGUGUGCAUCACCUGGCCAUCAGCUGUGACAAUCUGACACUCUCAGUCUGCAUGGCCUCAAGUGAGGUUGGAUCCUUCAUUGGCUUUUUCGAUAUCCGGACCUUUGUAAAUCAGGCUAAGCAGCAGAAGCGGCCAUUUGCCUACCAGAAGAUGGGUGGGGCUCUGGUUAGUGACCUGAAGUGGAACCCUGUGAACGCCUCCAUGCUGGCCGUCUGUCUGUCUGAUGGAAGCGUCUCCGUCCUGCAGGUGACAGACUCUGCGAAGGUGUAUGCCACGUUGCCCGCCUCGGUGGCUGUCACAUCAGUGUGCUGGAGUCCCAAAGGAAAGCAGCUGGCCGUGGGCAAGCAGAACGGCACCGUGGUCCAGUAUCUGCCGAACCUACAGGAGAAGAAAUUGAUCCCCUGCCCCCCCUUCUAUGAUUCCGAUAAUCCUGUUAAAGUCCUGGACGUGCUGUGGGUCGGCACUUACGUCUUCACCAUCGUAUAUGCUGCUGCCGACGGCACCUUGGAAACCGCUCCGGAAGUGGUGAUGGCGAUCCUUCCCAAAAAGGAGGACAAGCGGCCUGAGAUAUUUGUGAAUUUUAUGGAGCCCUGCUACGGCAGCUGCACGGAGAGGCAGCACCACUAUUUCCUUAACUACAUGGAGGAGUGGGAUCUGAUCCUCGCCGCUUCUGCCGCUUCUACAGAGGUCAGCAUCCUGGCGAGGCAAGGAGACCAGAACAACUGGGAGCUCUGGGUUCUGGAGGACUCCAGCCGAGCAGAGCUUCCCGUCACGGAGAAGAGUGACGACACCUUGCCGGUGGGCGUGGCCAUCGACUGCACCAGCAAUGUGCCCAUACCUGUCGGUGAGAACAAGACCUUGGACCCGGCGCCGGUGCUGCUGCUGCUCUCCACGGAUGGGGUGCUGUGUCCCUUUUACAUGGUCAACCAGAACCCCGGCGUGAGGUCUCCACUCGUGGUGCCUGAGCCUCUCCCCACGGAAGGGGAGAGGGGAGCCAGACCUGCUGGUAGCACUCCCCCUUCCUCAGCACCUGCCCCUCCGAAAGUGGAAGCAACCCCGGCUGUAGCUGCUCCUGCCUCAGCCUCAUCAUCAGCGCCAAGUGGCGGAGCAGCUGCGUUCUCCUUCGCAUCUUCCACGUUAAAGAUAACCGGAUCCACUGCAGAGGCUUCCCUUCCACAUCCCCUCCCUUCGGAGACCUCCAAGCCUCCACCUGGUUCCAGUUCUGGCGGAGCAGCCGGCUUCUCCUUCUCCUCCACCCCGUCCAGAGUGCCCCAAACCCCGUGCCUGCCAGCCAGCCCUGCUCCCCCCUCUGCCUCCCCUUUCUCUUUUGCAUCCGUGAACUUCAAAACAAACGCAAAUGGCUCAGCAGGUCCCCCUCCUUCUGGAACUCCCAUUGAGCUGAAGCAGAAUUUUGCCCCUUCGUCCUCUGUGAAAGUUAACCUCAGCGAAAAGUUCUCUGCUGUGGAGUCUUCUGCACCCACGGGCAGCAGCAGCGGCGUCAGUGCCCAGAGCUCCACCAUCUUCACCUUCUGCCCUGCGGCAAAGCCUGCACCUUCGGGGCCUCUCAGCCAGACGUCUCUGCUCUCCACCCCUCCGUCCGCACCCAUAAAGGCUUCGACCCCUGUAUUGUCCGCAACGAUGCGUCCUGCCCAGAGCGGUCCACCAGCUCCCGCGCUCCAGAAAACAGCCAAGACUGCCCCAGCUGUGUCAAAAUCCAGCCCCUCCCAGGGCCGGCAGCCGCCUUCAGGCCCAGGGAUGGAGAAGCCGCCGCCUCAGUGGAAGGAUUCGGACCCCGUCAUCACAGGGAUAAGAGAGGAGAUAGCCCAUUUCCAGAAGGAGAUGGAAGAGCUGAAAAGCCGGACAGGCAAAACCUCUUUCCAGGUGGGCACUGAGGAAGAGAAGGUGACACUGAGGACGGAGUCAAAUGACCUUCACACCUUCCUCUUGGAGAUCAAAGAGACCACCGAGUCCCUUCAUGGAGACAUCAGCCUUCUCAAAACUAACCUGUUGGAGGCAUUUGCAGGAGUGGAGGAAGCAAGAGAGAAGGAUGAGCGGGCUCACAACUCUGAGUACUUGCACUUGCUCUACAAGAAGCCUUUGGAUCCAAAGAGCGAAGCCCAACUUCAGGAAAUUCGACGCUUGCACCAGUACGUGAAGUUUGCUGUCCAGGAUGUGAACGACGUCCUAGAUCUGGAAUGGGAUCGGCACCUGGAGCAGCAGAAGAAGCAGAGGCGCUUGAUGGUACCUGAGCGCGAAACUCUCUUCAAUGCCCUUACCAAUAACCGGGAGAUCAUAAAUCAGCAGAGGAAAAGACUCAAAAACCUGGUGGACAGCCUGCAGGCGCUCCGCCUGUACAAGCAGGUGUCCCCGUGGAAUCUCUCUGCACCUGCCUCUUCCCGCAGCGGUGUGCAGAGCCUUGACAGCGAACUGGAGAGCCUGAGCAACGCCUUGACCAAAGCAACACUGGAGUCUUGCGCCAAAACGCCGCCAAAAGCAGCAGCUAAGCUCUCCCCUGUGAAGCAGGCGCAGCUGAGGAACUUCCUCGCCAAGCGGAAAAUGCCGCCCGUGAGAUCGACUGCGCCAGCCAGCCUCUCCCAGUCAGCCUUCCUGUCCUUGAGAUACGAUGAAGACUUGGACGACGUGAGCUCCUCAUCCUCCGUUGCCCAGUCCCUGGAGAACGAAGACAUCCAAGCGGCAGACCGGGAGGAGGAGGAGGAGGUGGCCCCAGUCCCGGUGCCCCGCCACGCCCCUGUGGUCCGGACCCCCUCGAUUCAGCCUGGCCUGAUGGCGCAACCCCCGCCUCUCGGCAAAUCGCAGAUCCCCUUGGGCGCCUUGAUAUCCACCCCCAAAAUCAUCCCACAGGCAGCAGACAGUACAAUGCUGGCCACGAAGACGGUGAAGCACGGCGCCCCUGCUCCCUCCGUCACCCUCCCGGCACCCCAGGCGGCUGCAGAAGCGGCUCUCCGGAGACAGAUGGCCAACCAGAAUCCAGCAGCCGCAAGCACUUCCUUGACCGAGUCAACUUUAAAGAACGUCCCGCAGGUGGUGAACGUGCGGGAGCUGAAAAGCAGUGCCUCUACUCCAGCGGUUUCUGCAGUCAUUGGAUCCUCCAUUCCUCAGUCCGCGGCUCAAGCUGUCCACCAAGUUUUGGCAACGGUCGCCACCAACCAAGCCAAUCAGGGACCUCCCGCUGGCUCCCUGAAGAUGCAGCCUCUGCCCACCUCUGUACCCUUGGCUGGGGUCUCCGUCGCAUCCCCUGGACAGACACUGGCUGGCAAAAAGAACUCAGGGCAAGGGCCCCCGAAGACCGCUGCGGCCGCGACCUCUCCUGCAGUGACGUCCGCCCCAGCAGCCGCAGGCCAGUUCAACAAGGCGUUCACGUUCACCUCCCCAGGGCCGGGAUUUAACUUCGCUGCCGUCACCUCUUCCCCUGCAACAUCUGGCGCUGCUGCUUUACAAGCAGCAACGACCGCUGCAGCUAAAGAGCCGAGCCAGCUCGACACGCUUUCCUUCGGCGGAACCAUGAAGUUCGGGGCCCCUCCAGAGAGCUCGUUCACAUUUGGGGCCACAAAGCCAGCUGGCCUCUCGGGAGCCUCUGCGGCAGGUGGAGGCGGCACCAGCGCCGGGGACCUAAGCCAGGCUGUCGGGCAGAGUGCUGCAGGCGCACCUCCGGCCCCCGCCAGCAGCCUGGAGAGAGAGAGCCUUGCCCUGAAGCCCGGCGAGCAGCUCUUCCAGGGCACGGCGGCUGGGGAGACGCUCGGGAGCUUCUCCGGGCUGCGAGUAGGCCAUGCGGACGAGAGCCCCCGGGCCGCCCCGGCCAAGGCCACGGGCAUUCAAGCGCCGAAACCCUCCAUGGCCGGGUUCCCCCUUGGGAGCUCCCUGCAGGCCGGCAAGCCGGCUGAGUCCGCCGCAGCCCCCGCGGCCGCCGGCGCCAGCACCAUCUUCGGCAACGUCCAGUUGGCCGGCACGGGGCCCCCGGCCGUCUUCAGCCUCGGGACACCUGCGGGAAGCUCCAAGGCUCCCUUCGCACUUGGGAUGCAGCCAGGGAGUGCCGCCCCCGCACCGGCGCCCCCCGCACCUCCUCCGCCGGCAUCGAUGCCCCUCUCCUUCGGAAGCCUCCUGAGCUCCACAGCCACAGCCGCUGCUCCCGCCGCGGUUCCGGGAGCGGAUGGCAGCAAGGGCCUGCCAGGCCCGGAGAAGCUCCCUCCAAGCGAGGCCGCCUCUGCCGCAGCGCAGCCGCCCCCUCAGCCGCAGGGGCCUCCCCCAGACCUUCCCCAGGAGCCUCCCGCGAUCGCCACCCCUUCACCGGCAGAGGCAGAGGCGGCGAGCCUCGCCCCGACCUCGGCACCACUGCCAGCCAAAGGGGGGCCUCCGGCCACCGCCUCCGGGGAGUCAAAGGCUGAGGGGGCGGCUGCCGUUGCCACCACCAGCCCUCCUGCCCCCGCAGCCAUGGCCACGGCCAGUGCCUUGCCCCCUCCACUGGCCGAAGCCGCCGGCGCGUCCCCAUCGCCGUCCAGCCCUAGCACGUCUGCCCAGGCCCUGGCCACGGGCACGUCGGCAUUCACCGCCACCGCCUCGAACCCCUCCCUGCUCACGCAGCCCCCCACCUCCGCCUCGGCCUCUCCCGCCUCGGCCUUCAGCCAGCCCCCCGCCGACACCUUAGCAGCACCCGCUGCGCCCGUCUUCGGACCCGCAGGGACUGCCGCGGCGCCCCCGUUCAGUCAGCCCCCUGCCACCUCGCCAUCCACCGCCGCCGGUACCACCCAGGGGGCUGCCCCCGGAUUCAGCACAUCCGCAUUCAGCACAGCUGGCACCGCCGGCUUCGGCCACCCAGCCUUCGGGCAAGCCCCCGCCUUUGGGCAGCCGGCCAGCCCGUCGGGCGGCUUCUCCUUCAGCCAGGCAGGCUUCGGGGCGACUCCUGCCUUCGGGCAGGCGGCCUCUGCCUCCGCUGCCCCGGCCUCCAGCACCGGGAACCUCUUCGGGGCGCCCUCCAGCACCGACACGGCCAGCUCCUUCUCGUUCGGGCAGCCGUCCACCGCCACGGGGCUCUUCGGCCAGAGUGGCACGCCGGCCUUCGGGCAGAGCUCCACCUUUGGGCAGGCGGGACCGGUCUUUGGAAGCGCCGCCCCUGCCACCGCCACCACCACAUCUUCAGCCGGAUUCAGCUUCUGCCAGGCUUCAGCAUUCGGUUCCAGUAGCCCAGGCACUGUCUUUGGGCAAGCAGCCAACACCAGCGGUAGCCUCUUUGGCCAGCAGUCCUCGUCCAGCAGCGGUUUGUUUGGGUCUGGAGGUGGUGCGGGGAGAGGCGGGGGCUUCUUCAGCGGAUUGGGAGGAAAGCCAAGCCACGAGGCAGCGAAUAAGAACCCUUUCAGUUCCACGGGCGGAGGAUUCGGCUCAUCGGCCACCCAGAAUACAUCCAGCCUUUUUGGAAACAGCGGCGCCAAGACCUUUGGAUUUGGUACCACCUCUUUCGGUGAGCAGAAGCCAAUGGGCACGUUCAGCUCGGGCGGAGGGAGUGUGGCGUCACAAGGCUUCGGGUUCUCCAGCCCAACCAAAGCAGGUGGCUUCGGAGCUGCUCCAGUGUUUGGCAGCCCUCCCACUUUUGGGGGGUCCCCUGGGUUCGGAGGGGUGCCAGCAUUCGGUUCAGCCCCAGCCUUUUCAAGCCCUCUGGGCUCGACGGGAGGCAAAGUCUUCGGCGAGGGGACGGCCGCGGCCAACACUGGAGGAUUCGGGGCUGCUGCAUCCUCACGUGACGUGUUCUCUUGCUCCCCGGCCCGCAGCUUCGGCGGCACCGCAAGCACGGCCUCGUUCGGCACCCUGGCGAGCCAGAACACUCCCACCUUCGGAUCGCUGUCUCAACAGUCCACCGGCUUCGGCACACAGGGCAGCGGCUUCUCUGGCUUUGGGUCAAGCGGAGGAGGCUUUGGCUUUGGAUCGUCUAAUGCAUCCACCUCUGGGUUUAGCGGCUGGAGAAGCUGAAGGGCAGCUGAGCUGGUUUGCACAGCUGUGCGACCAACAGGAACGGCACGCGGACACCUGCAACAGUAAACCCUCGGGAUUAUUUUUUUUUAACUUUCCAGCCAACCUUCUCUGACUUCCUUUUUGUACAAAAGAAAAAGCACGCCUACAAAAUGCCUAUUUUUUUUAAAGGAGUGGUCUCUCCUCUUUAAAUAAAAUAUUUUCUCUGUGA